AUGUUCAGCCUAUCCGGAACAAGACCCACAGCCGGAAGUCCGAAGUUAUUAGCAAUCAUUGGGGUUAUUUUCGCUACUGGUGUCAUUCUUUACCAGCUAUCCUUCUUGCACGACUUGAUACUUCCCAGAAAUAUAUCGGAGCCUUUGGAUGCACUAAGUAGUUGCCACCGACACAAACCGACCCUCAACCACUAUAAAGGCCCCCCUUCGACCAAGAAAUCCGCUAUUCCGAAUAUUAUACAUCAGAUUUGGAAAACAUCGAACGUUAGCGAAUACUCCGAUCAACCAUCCCACAGAUCGUGGAAAGCAGUCUAUCAGCCAUUGAAUUAUACAGUGAAGCUCUGGACCGAUGACGAUAUUCUCGCACUCAUUAGAGAAAAAUACCCUUGGCUCCUAUCGACUUAUGUGGAUUAUCCACACAGUAUCCAACGGGCGGAUAUGGCCAGAUUGGUAGUUGUUCAUGCGGAAGGAGGUGUAUACGCCGAUUUAGACGUAUACCCUAGAUCGGUUGAAGAACUUCAAUGUUUCCAGCGACUUGGUAUGCAAGCAGUAUUUGCUCCUACUGCUGGAACAGUAGGAGUGAGUAACCACUUCUUCAUGGCAGAGAAAGAAUCCCCUUUCCUACGAUGGGCGCUCGACGAAGCCAAACGACGUGCGGGUUUGAACUCAAAUCAGAUUUUAUUGCCCUAUCUCCGAGUCUUCUGGUCCACGGGACCAUUAAUGGUAACGGCUGCUGCCCUGCAGUAUGCAGAGGCCCGAGGAGAAAAUCAUAGACUUGCCGUCAUCGAUGACAGGUUUAUCAGAAAACUAGUUGGCCAUGCAGCGGGACGGUCAUGGCAUGGGGCGGAUGGACAAGUUCUAAACUUUGUGGCAGACUAUUACGGGAGGAUUGCACUGGGAGCAGGCGCUAUCGUUUUAUUGGUACUCGUAUUGUUUGCGGGAAGACAGGUAUACCUCAGACGACGCAACCGUGACCAAUUUGAAUAUAAGCUAUAUCUUCAUUAG